UCAGAUUCCUUCCCAGACCAAACUCCUUCCCCGAAGAAUAACCGCAGUGCGGGUGCCGUGCCCUACACUGAUUCCGGUUGGACUUUGGAAUUGGACCCUACGAAUCCAGAUCUACAAGCUUCCCCUCCUAUUAAUCCAACUACACAUACCCACACCCACCGUCCCAACCUGUACCUGCCGUUCCUGCGCCGACGACGACCGGACCGGGUUGAGGAUUCGCCGUCCGUCCAUGGCCGAGGUGGUCCGCGCCGACGGCGAGUCCACCCUGGAGCAGGGGCUCCUCGCCACUCCCGAGGAAUCGAACCAACUUACGUACACUGGAGAUGGAUCUGUUGAUUUUUCCGGAAACCGUGUCGUGAAGGAGAAAACUGGUAGAUGGAGGGCAUGCCCAUUCAUCCUAGGUAAUGAAUGCUGUGAGCGGUUGGCCUAUUAUGGCAUCUCGACAAACCUUGUCACUUACCUGACAAAAAAGCUGCAUGAUGGUAAUGCCUCUGCUGCUAGAAAUGUGACUACAUGGCAGGGAACUUGCUAUUUGACUCCCCUUAUUGGAGCUAUCCUGGCUGAUGCAUACUGGGGGAGGUAUUGGACGAUUGCAACGUUCUCCACGAUAUACUUCAUCGGGAUGUCAGUACUGACUCUUUCAGCAACAAUGCCCGCGCUCAUUCCUCCAUCCUGUGAAGGAUCCCUUUGCCCACCAGCCGAUCCUUAUCAAUAUACUGUCUUUUUUCUUGGUCUUUACCUGAUUGCGCUUGGUACUGGUGGAAUCAAGCCAUGUGUCUCAUCUUUUGGAGCGGAUCAAUUUGAUGAUACAGAUCCAGCUGAACGAGUCCAGAAGGGGUCUUUCUUUAAUUGGUUCUAUUUUUCCAUAAACAUCGGUGCUCUUAUAUCAAGCAGUUUUCUGGUUUGGGUGCAAGACAACCUAGGAUGGGGACUAGGCUUUGGCAUUCCAACAGUAUUCAUGGGGCUGGCCAUUAUAAGCUUCUUCUCUGGCACUUCGCUCUAUAGAUUCCAAAAACCAGGUGGUAGUCCUAUCACACGGGUAUGUCAGGUAGUUGCUGCCACCUUGCGCAAGUGGAAUGUGCCCGUUCCAGAGGACAGCUCUCUCCUGUAUGAGCUACCUGAUGGGGUUUCAGCAAUUGAAGGGAGUCGGCAAUUGGAGCACACUGAUGAACUCAGAUGCCUGGACAAGGCGGCUACAGUUAGUGAUCUUGAUGUGAAAAAUGAUAGCUUCAACAACCCAUGGCGAGUGUGCACCGUCACCCAGGUGGAAGAACUGAAGAUAUUGGUAAGGAUGUUCCCUGUCUGGGCAACGACUAUUGUGUUUUCGGCUGUCUAUGCUCAGAUUUCCACCAUGUUUGUGGAACAAGGAAUGGUGCUUGAUCCAUCAAUCGGCUCAUUCAAAAUUCCUCCAGCAUCUCUAUCCACCUUUGACGUGGUUAGUGUCAUUAUAUGGGUUCCUGUCUAUGAUAGCGUCUUGGUUCCACUCGCUCGGAGGUUCACUGGCAACGAGAGGGGCUUUACAGCGUUGCAGAGGAUGGGCAUUGGCUUGCUAAUCUCCAUCCUAGCAAUGUCAGCAGCUGCAGUCCUUGAGAUACAAAGGCUGGCCAUUGCCAGGGAGAUGCACUUGGUGGAUCAAAAUGUCCCCGUUCCAUUGAGCAUCUUGUGGCAGAUUCCUCAGUAUUUCUUGGUUGGUGCUGCAGAGGUAUUCACAUUCAUCGGAGCUCUCGAGUUCUUCUAUGACCAAUCACCGGAUGCCAUGAGAAGCCUCUGCAGUGCGCUGCAACUCCUGACCACAGCGCUCGGAAACUACCUCAGCGCAUUCAUUCUGACAAUGGUUGCCUACUUCACAACAAGGGGAGGAAACCAUGGAUGGAUUCCUGACAACUUGAACGAAGGGCAUCUCGAUUACUUCUUCUGGCUACUCGCUGGGCUCAGCUUUCUGAACUUUGCGGUGUACAUCUUGUGCGCAAACAAAUUCAAGAGCAAGAAAGCAGCUUGAGCUGUGAGCGUCAGGAAUUUGAUGGCGUGAAAGCCCGAGGUCAAGACUAAGAUGGCGUGCCAUCGUGUACAUUGCACUUCAAAAUCUGUAUAUAUAAGCUUUCCGGGACAUGACCCCUGCCCUGUGGAAGCACAGUUCUCUUUGUAUUUAAUUCCACAAUGUAAUGUCGUCUUGGAUUUCUUUUCCUGUAUAUAAAUAUUUUAUUUACUCAAGGUUGACAAAUGCAGCCCUCUAAUUUCCUGUUGA